AUGUAUUCUGAAACAGAGAAACUGGUUAUUCAUCAUCUCACUGAUAUUGACUGGCCAAAUGGCCCACCAGACUUUUAUGUGAAAGGGUCAUCUUAUGCAGUGACACAAAGUCAAUUGCGAGAAUUAGAAAUUUCUUCAGGGUUGGGUAUUUUCAAUUCUUCGGAUAUAACCCAUCAGCUAGCAACCUAUCAAACAAGUGAAGAGACUAUUCAGUAUUGGGCGAUGGUGCUUCUUAUUUUCCCAUUGGUCACUGUCUUCGGUAAUGUUCUGGUUGUACUGAGUGUAUUUCGAGAUCAGAGUCUACACACUGCUACAAAUUAUUUUAUCGUCAGUUUGGCUAUUGCAGAUAUCAGUUUGGCAAUUGUUGUUAUGCCGGUAGCCAGCUGGGUUGAGGCUGACAAUGGAAAAUGGAGAUUUGGUACUGUAUUGUGCGAUAUAUUUAUCAUGUUCGAUGUGCUUUUAUGUACGGCAUCGAUUUUAAAUUUAGCAGCGAUCAGCAUGGAUAGAUAUGUGGCUGUGACACGACCAAUAACCUACGCUCAACACAGCAAAAAUGUACGCGUUGGUAUCACUGUUGCUAUGACAUGGUUAUUGUCAUUUUUGAUUGCAUUGCCAAUAGCAUGUGGAUUGAAUAAUGCGCCUUAUCGAAAAUUAGAAAUAUGUGUCAUGUAUAUUCCAGAAUAUAUAAUUGCUUCUUCAAUCGGUUCAUUUUAUGUACCAUGUACAAUAAUGAUUGUAUUAUAUUAUCAAUAUAAGAAUCAAGCACAAAAUUAUACAAAAUAUCAUAAAACUCCUAGACAAACGUGCACUGUUUCAAAAAAUGAAAAUUUCCUGCAUAAAAACUAUGUUCCAGAAAAUAUGACAUAUUUAACAGUAUUCAAUCCUCAAACAUUUGACUGUCUAUCCAGUGGUAUAGGUUCAUAUGCUGAUACUAGUAGGAUAACAAAUUUAUCAUUCUGUACAGAGAAUCAUUAUGCCAACACAGUGAAUGAUGUCAUGGAUCAAAAUGAAGAUAAAAGUGACUCUCCAGUAGCCUCCAGUAAUCAUUCACCUUCCUCAUCUUCUAGAACAGUAGUAGAUUUACCUGAUCUUAAAGAAUUCAACAAAUCUCAUCCUACUUUAACAAUAGUCAAUUCUGAGUGCAUAGUAAAUUCUUUUGAAUCUCCAUUAAAGUCACCCGAUUCAUUGCCAAGAGUUACAAGGAACUUAAAUAUGAAGACUACUGAAGUUUAUGAAGCACAAACUUCUCAAAUGGAAUUCAAAAAUAUGGAUGAUUUUCGAAAACAUUUAAAAAAUCGUAUAAAACAAGCAAAACGUAGCAGUUUAUCCUUAUUAUCAACAAAUACAUUCACUGGUUUAUCAAGUAAACAAGUAUACGCAUUGAAUACAGACAGUGAAUCAAAGAGAACAUCUGGAAGAACAUCACGUUUAUUUUCAUCGCCUGGAAGAAAAAAAAUUGACAGCAUCAAAUCACUUGCUACAAGUGAUUUUUCUAAGUUACUUCCUCGAAAAAUAAACCAGCAUUUUAUGAGGAAACCAAAGUAUUUUUGCAAAAGUAAAAUUGAUACCAAGUCUAGAAUUACAACAACUGAACAAUCACUUGCUGAUAUGAGUUCACCUGGUAGCAUAUUAAAUUUAACUUAUUCUUUUACAAAUAAAUGUGGAAAUAAUAUGACUCUUAGAGAUAGUGUUGCUGCUAAACGAGAAAAGAAGGCUACCAAAACUCUGGCAAUUGUUUUAGGUGGAAGUGAACAUGUAGUACCAGAUGGAACGGACGAUGUACUUGCUCAAUCUGAAACACAUUAA